AUGCCAUCGUGCAAAGGCGUCUUGCAGACAUCCACGGGUGCAGAUGACACAUUCUACUGCCAUGCGUGCGUUUCAUCCAGCUACAAGGAUUGCGUUUGGAACCCAUACACCUCCCUCACAAAGGAUUGCGAAGCGGGAGAUCUUGCUUGUGCUACUGUAAUCCUACCGAACGGUCACACCUAUCGCGGAUGCUCGAAAGAUCCCGAAUGUGUGGCCGCUGGAGAAGGGUGCAUUCUUUGUGACGUUUACUCGGGUUGCAACAUUGAUCGCUACCCUUCGGAUAGACUAAGGUGCAACAUCUGUCAGUCAAGUGUUUCGAACUCCUGUAAACUGUUACCCUAUCCCAGACAGUUUGAGAAGCCUUGUGUAAGACACGUUGCUGGUGAUCGUUGCGUUAGCGUGUUUGAUGGUUUUCACGUUGCCUAUCGGGAUUGUUUGUCUUCGGUGCUUGAGGAGGAUCAGCCAAAGUGUAACUCGCCAGAAUCGCCAGUAGAGUGUGAGAUUUGUUCGAGAUGGAAUUGUAACACUGGUACAGUCCGGCAAGAUGAUCGUUGCCUGCAGUGUACAUCGAACAUGACGCUCUGCUCUAGUGGAAGCCGAACAGCAACGGUUUGUAAAACACCUUCCGAGGGAAAAUGCUACUCAAGAGUGGAUGAGAAAGGAUUCUUGGUGCGAGGAUGUUUGUCGGACAUUUCCGACCCGGAGCUGAUGGUGCUUUGUGAGCAAAAUGGAGGUGAUUGCCUUGCUUGUGAUGGGUCGGGAUGUAAUGCUGGGUUUCUUCCAACGAACACACUUAGCUGUAUGCAGUGUGAUUCACGGCAACGGGUCAGCUGUGCUCAGGAGCAAAUUGACGAUAGUAGUGUGCAGUACUGUAGAAGGCAUGUUCAAAAUGACCGUUGCUAUGUACGAACUGAUGUUGAUGGAAGCCUUCAGCGCGGUUGUAUGUCCGAUUUAAGCAGUGAAACGAUUUGUAAUGAUGAAGAUGCAUCGUCGUGUGACGCAUGCAGUGGUAGUAACUGCAACAAGCAGGUAUAUCCUUCAAAUCGAUUGGCUUGUUAUCAAUGCAGCAAUGAGCAUACUUUGAACUGUGACGCCGAGCAACGUCGGGAUGAGCUUUUGAAGUGUCGAUAUCAUCGAAAUGAGGAUGGAUGCUUUACAAGAAUGUACGGCGAUGCAGUCAUUCGUGGCUGUAUAUCGGACCUCGGACAAUAUACGAAUCCUUGCAAAGGAUGGAAAAAGACUGACUGUCACACAUGCUACGACGAUGGCUGUAAUUAUGUUUCCCGAACGGUUUUACGAAAUUCUAGCUCGCUUUUCGGGAUAAGUUUGUGGACAUUACAUUGCUUUUUAUUUUACUAUUUCCUCAUUAUUUUCGGAUAG